AUGAAAGAGUACUUCGACGAAAAUUGCACAUAUCCACCGGAGUACUUUCACAUGCGAUUUAGGAUGCGACGAGAACUUUUUCUUCGUAUCUUUAAUGAUGCCAAAGCUUAUGAUGACUACUUUGUCCAAAAAAAGGAUGUGACUGGUCGUCUGGGGUUGUCUUCUACACAGAAGAUGACAACUGUUUUUCAGGAGUUUAUGCGUCCACCCAACGAAGUCGACAUAGCACGGCUGCUUGAAGAAGGGGAGCAGAGAGGAUUUCUGGGUAUGCUUGGUUCUAUCGAUUGUAUGCAUUGGGAGUGGAAGAAUUGCCAAGUGGAGUGGCACGGCACAGAUAGGGGACGAUCUGGCAAGAAUACUCUCAUAUUGGAAGCAGUUGCCUCACAAGAUUUGUGGAUCUGGCAUGCAUUCUUUGGAAUGCCGGGUUCACAUAAUGAUAUAAAUGUGUUGGAUCAUUUCCCGGUAUUUAACGGUAUCGUCAAUGGCCAAUUACCUCUGGUUAAUUAUGUAGCGAAUGGACAUCACUAUAGAAUGGGAUAUUACCUGUCUGAUGGUAUAUACCCUAAGUAG